AGAUGAUUCGGUUCCAGUAUUUAGGCCAAAGAGCACUUAAAGCGAGCCAAUCUAAAUUGUCGCCAAUUAUCUGGCGCACCUGCUUGGAAAAGCAGAGACCAGCUGCUGUACUCACUGGUGACUUGAGCCCAGACAUACUAACAUUGCUAUAAAGUAGCUUACUAUUGUUAUUGUGUCUUGCAAAGAUCAUUUUUUAAGCUAAGGUGUCGUUCCAAAAAUGGUGCUUUUCUUUAUCGGCAUGGUAAUCCGCUGCAAUGAGUUGUGAUUUUGUUAUUAUAAUGAUUUUUUGUCGCACAUUGUAAUGUAAAAUCGUGCUUCUGCGAAAGAAAAAGUUGACAAGGACGUUCCAGAAACGGGAAAGACCAUCCAUGCCGAGGAGGAGGAGGAGGGGCGGCCGCUCUCGACGUUCGGCCCGGAGCGAGACGCGGCACGGGACCGGUCCCGUGACGGCGAUGUCCGUAUCGACCCAAAUCGAAGAAUGGGAAAGCCAGACGACAACGCAGAUCAGCGAGCCGGACCACCCGGCGAGCGCCGAGCCCGCGGAAGCGACGGCGCCGUCCAGCUUGGCGCCGGUGCUGGGGGAGUCUUUCUGCCAGUGUGCCUGGGGGGACGAGCCGAACGCGGGCUCGGCCAUCGGCGCCGACUGCCUCUGCGGGGAGGACGAUGACGACUUAGCCUGGGUGUGGGACGAGCGGCUGAAGUCGUCGGGCGCCUCGCUCAGCCGCGACGGCCGCAAGGUGAGCUUCCACUCGGACUACAGCUGCGGCACCGCCGCCAUCCGGGGCGCCAGCGAGCUGGCCGACGGGCAGCACUUCUGGGAAGUCAAGAUGACCUCGCCGGUCUACGGGACCGACAUGAUGGUUGGGAUUGGAACUGCGGAGGUCAACCUGGAGAAGUUCAAGUACAACUUUGGCAGCCUGCUGGGCCACGACGAGGACAGCUGGGGGCUCUCCUACACAGGUCUCCUCCAGCAUAAAGGUGAGAAAGUCAACUUCUCCUCACGGUUCGGUCAAGGCUCCAUCAUUGGGUUGCAUUUGGACACCUGGCACGGUACCUUGACCAUCUACAAGAAUCGACGCUGCGUAGGUGUCGCCGCCAGCAGGCUGCAGAACAAGAAGCUGUACCCGAUGUUGUGCUCCACGGCGGCCAAGAGCAGCAUGAAGGUGAUCCGCGCCUGUUACACGCCCACCUCCCUGCAGUACCUGUGCUGCGCCCGCCUUCGCAAAGUCCUCCCCGCCUGCCCUGACGCGCUGGCCGCCCUGGAGCUGCCCCCGGGGCUGCUCUCGCUGCUACGCCGCCGGCUCGGCUGGCUGUUCUCCGUCACCGAAGCCGGGGGGGAUGCAGACGCCGCCGAGGGGGACGCCGACGCCGCCUCCAGUCCCCGCGCCAGUCCUGUCCCCAUUCCUCCUUUCUGCCCCCCGACUGCCCCCGGUGACAACGACAACGAUGACGGCUUGAUCCGGACGAUUAUCGUUGUAAAAGAUGCCGCUGGACAUGAUGCGAUCAGUAAGUGUGGCAAACGUUCAAAAUAUAUAUAAUAAGAUGCUUUUUUUUUUUUUUUAAACUUGGAUAACGCUCAAUUUUGACCUCAAAUUAUGUGACGGCGUCAUGUCCAGCAGAGGGCUUAUGCAAUUGCUUUCUUUAUAAAUGAAUAUAAAAAUGAUAAUCAGAAGAUUAGACCAAUGAGAAAAAUGGACCGGAAUUGCUUUUUGAUACUACGGAAAGAACUUUUUGUAACUUUCUUACUUGGACAACGUAAAAAUAAAACCGACAAGACA